GCUGAGCAAAACCAGCAUCCUUCUUCAGAAAAGACUCUGAGCUCUAAUAAAAAUUCAACUUCAAAAACAAUAACAACAGGGGACACACAGUGCAAAAUCUGUAAUCCAAAAUUUGUACAAAUUGCUGACACAGUAUUCCAGAGGACCCCUCUGUAUAGCUGCAUGUUAACUCUCUUUUGACACACACCAGCCCCACCUUCCCAUGUUUCCAGCUUGUCCAGCUUUGGCCAUUCUUUCAGCCUUUCUCACAAGCCCAGAUAGUAUGAUAGAAGCCCAGAUAUAUUUGGAGAUUUCCUGCGUUUCUCUCUUGCCUUCCUGAGGAAGCUUUGAUUCCAGGAACCUGGCACUCCAUAACGGAGCUUUCUGUCAUGUUUUUCUGUAACUCAGUGGGCAUUUUUGCAGACCACUGUGCUGUACUGCAGACCGCAACUCUUCUUACAGUUUGCUUUACCACCAGGAGGAACUGAAACAGUUUAAAUAUGGAAAAGGCGAAAGGACUUACUACCAAAGAACAUCAGGGUGUCAGCCUGUUUCUCCUGGUAUUUUUUGGUGUGCUCUUAGAGAGUCUGUCUGCAGAGGUGAGAAUCCUGGAUAUGUCUCCCGACGCUGUGGAUGGCACCUACUCGGAGUGUCGUGACAAAAUGAUGCAGACUGUUACAAAACCAGGUGGCCUGUUACAGGAAGAGAUUAAGGCCAAUAAAGAUUUUGCAGAGAUGUGGAGAAGUCAUGGUGGAACUUGUGAGAAGCAAAUUUAUGGGGGAACAUCAUAUCACUUGGCUGCUCUCCAGGCUUAUGCGAAUUCCAAACCGAAAUUCCGAAAGGUGUUUAACGAAAUGGUUCAGACCAAAGGCAAAAACAUCACAAUUUAUGAAAAGGAAUUUCCCUUCAAGUCCCUUCACUUCUUAUUGACAGAUAUCAUACGACUUCUUAACAAUGGCACAGUGUGUUCACAUGUGUACUUUGGCACAGUUAAGACAUAUCGUGGAAAUACUGGGUCCAAGGUGCGCUUCGGAAAGUUCCUCCAGGCCAGUGUCAAGAACAGCUCUGAGACGGAAGUGAUUGAGUCAGAAGGGGAAGGCACUCUGUUUAACAUCACGUCCUGUUCUGCAGUGAACAUUGAGAUCUACACAUGUACUUCAGAGGAAAUUGAGCACCUUAUUUCUCCAACAGAGGUCUUUGUAGUGCAGAGUAUAAAGGAAGUUCAAAAUGAAGACGCCAGUUAUAAAAUAAUCACUUUAACACACUCAAGGUUUCAGAGCAAUCAUGACUGCUUCUUUCCAAGUUCUCUCCAUGGUGGAUCAUCCAGGCUGGUGCUAAGCUCAGAGGUUCUGGCAUUGAUGGGAACCAUUUUAGGCCUUUUCCACUUCACUGUGAUGCAGUGACACACACGCUCUUCUAGACACAAUAUUACAAAUGCAAUUAUGAACAUAUUCAGAUAACAAGAAUGAAAGCAAGUACAAAACAGAUGGAGAAAUUGUUACAUUUCUUAAUGACCUCUUGGGUUGCAUUAUUACAGCAGGUUUUUACAUGGGGAACCCAGGACUGGCAUUGAGAAACCCUAAAACAUUUGACUUAAAGUCGACAUUGGUGAAAGGGUUCAAUGGAAGGGUAGCAGUGUGUGUUCAGCUACAAACUAUCUGCCAUACAAAUGUACAAAAUGCUGUUACUCUGACGUUUCUGUAAUAUAUUUUAUUAUGUCCUUUGCCUCUGAAGAAAUAGAUUUUUUUUCUACAUAUGAACUCUCUGUCCAAAAAUAUCAGGCUUAAAUUUGGACAGAUCAUCAGUUGAUACUUAAAAGGUAGAGCAUUUACUCAAGCAUGUGUGUCAUGUUAUAAGGGUGUGUGUAUUGUGGUAUUGUGUGUUCUGUUGUAAGUGUAAGGGUGUGUCUAAAGGUGUGUCUAAAAUAUGUUCUAAAACAUAAUACCAUAGAGAGCCAGCUAACAACUGGAGAAAUGUUCUUUUGCAAUGUGCAAAAUUAUUGUUUCUUAUUUCUGCAACUGAGGCUUUUAAAGUGCAGAGUAUCAUGGUAAAAAAUUAUGACAAUUAUAAAAUAGUAACUUUAAUACAAUUGCGAUUUCUUAGCAAUCAUUACUGCUACCUCUUUCCAAGGUGAGCCAUAGAGAUUAACUAUAGUGAAUUGUAAUUAUACAUUAGGGUGUGUUGGUUUAUUAUUUAUUAAUUAUAAAUUAGGGUGUGUUGUUUUUGAUAAGCUCAUGAUUAUUAGUUUCCCUGAUUUGAAGGGAUUUUAAAAAUUUGAUUUAAACAUUUUAUUUUUGAGCCUCUAUUUCACAUUUUUGCAAUAGGCAGAUUCUGCUAACAAAAUGUUCCAACUAUACCUUCAACUAUACUUCAAACUCUGUCAUUAGAAUGAAUAUUUAUAUGCUCAUAAAAACGUCUCUCUUUAAACGUCUCUGAUUUAACAAUU